AUGAUUGCUGCCACCUCCUCCAAUACCAGCGCCACCAGCACCUCCCAUCCCUACCCCCACCGCCCCUCCUCCUCCUCCUCCGCCUCCGCCACCCAGGCCUGUGCCGCCUGCAAGUACCAGCGUCGCAAGUGCAAUCAAGACUACACCCUCGCCUCCUACUUCCCCGCCGACCAGCAACGCCAAUUCCUCAACGCCCACCGCCUUUUUGGCGUCAGCAACAUCCUCAAGAUCAUCUGCCACCUCGACCCCGUCCAGUGUGCCGAAGCCAUGCAUUCCAUUAUCUUCCAAUCCAACGCUCGCGCCCACGACCCUGUCGGCGGAUGCUACAGCAUCAUCCUCGAGCUCGAGCGCUAG